AGAAUCGGACAAAACAAGUUCGGUUGUCAGACAGGCGGAUUGGGUAAUAACAAACCUCCCACUCAAUCUACGGCGAGUCACGAGAGUUCGAACUUUAUCAGUGUGACUGGGGACUUCCAGAGCACGAGGAAGAGCUCUGCCAUUCAGAAAACAACAAAUAAUCGACGCCGCUCGCUCGAAACCGUUCACCCGCUCGAGCUACUAUGUGCUUAUUUUUUAUCGAUAUAUUAUUAUGAUACACGGUGCCCUCUCCAAGCAGACAGAGAAAGACAGUUAGCUAGCGAGCUGGCUAACCAAACUAUCCUUAGGGGAAGUGGCAGCAGUCAUCGUUGCAGGAGUUUCGCUAUCUGGCUCGACUGCUAGCGUAGCCUCCGCCUAACACACCCACUUUUCGUGUGUUUGGUGUUUACACAGGUUUCGAGUGACCUGGAUUUAACCAGCUUCGGCUUUUUGUUGAAUAAAAAAGAAUGGUUUGGCUAAAUAGAGCAUUUCACUACUGUUAGCAAGCAAGCGAGACGAAUGGUAUACAAAGCUUCUCGCUAGCCAGACCAAACUGGAGUCGGCCUGACAAUACAGCGGCGUGGACUGCAGAAGUCGUGCUUUUAUCACUCAUUAACCACAAAACGCUGGUCUUACGCUGGUUUACUUCUAUGCAGUUGCUUCACGGGGGUUUGAGGGAUAUAGGAAGCGUUCUUCUACGCCUUUCUGAGUCCCUCUGGCUCUGAAGUGCCAGGAGCAUCUCAGGAGUACCGAACUCUCAGCAUGCUGGACUAAAAAGCGGUGAUGAGCAGAUUGGAGUUUUAGUCGUUUUCGGCUGUUUUGGACUCUCGAUUGUCCAUUUGGGGAAGGCAGGAACACAGAGGCGAGAAUGAAGAAGUUUGCGCGUAUGCCAAAGUCGGAGAGCGGAAGUCUCGGGGGUGGGUCUGGAUCUGGUACUGGCAGCAGCAACUAUGUUGGAAAGGUGUUUGCCGUCGGUCGAUACCAGGUCACGGUGGAAGAGCUGGUCGCUGAAGGAGGUUUUUCUAUGGUGUUUCUGGCCCGCACACACAGUGGCGUAAGAUGUGCCCUGAAAAGGAUGUAUGUGAACAAUGUCCACGAUCUGAACAUCUUCAAGCGGGAAAUCACAAUUAUGAAAGAAUUGUCAGGCCAUAAGAACAUAGUGCGGUAUCUGGACUCGACCACAAAUGCUGUUGGAGACAGUGUAUGGGAGGUUCUGAUUCUCAUGGAGUACUGCAAGGCUGGUCAGGUGGUGAAGCAGAUGAACCAGCGGCUGCAUGUAGGAUUCACGGAGGCAGAAGUGCUCGGUAUAUUCUGUGACGCCUGCGAAGCCGUUGCCAGACUCCACCAGUGCAAAACUCCAAUCAUCCACAGGGACCUAAAGGUAGAAAACAUCCUCCUGAAUGACCAGGGACACUACGUCUUGUGUGACUUUGGCAGUGCCACACAUAAAGUGCUGCUUCCACAUAAAGAUGGAAUAACUGCCGUGGAGGAUGAGAUCAAGAAGUACACGACUCUUUCAUAUCGUGCCCCAGAAAUGAUUAACCUGUACCAAGGGAAAGCCAUCACCACAAAGGCUGAUAUCUGGGCACUUGGAUGCUUGUUGUACAAGCUGUGUUUCUUCACACUUCCAUUUGGGGAGAGUCAAGUUGCCAUAUGUGACGGCACCUUCGCUGUUCCGGACGGUUCAAAAUUCUCCUCCAAGUUGCACUGUUUAAUCAGAUACAUGUUGGAGCCCGAUCAAGAAAAGAGACCUGACAUCUAUCAAGUGUCUUACUUUGCCUUCCGGUUAGCUGGAAAGGAGUGUCCAGUGCCAAAUCUCUUUAACUCCCCCAUUCCCACCUCAUUGCCAGAGUCCCUUACUGCUAGUGAUAUUGCUGCUAAGAAGAGCCAGACAAAAGCAAGAAUAACAGAUUCAGUUGGACCAACAGAAACAUCAAUCGCACCCAGGCAAAGACCAAAAGCUGCAAAUAAUGUUCUGCCUUUGGCCAGCUCUGUAACUCCUGUGAAGAUGACUGUACCCUCAGGUACGGUUAGCAACGGCCAGAAAGCUCCUGGAAAUGAGCAGCAGUCGGCUACGCAAAUACCAAGCAGCAGUCAACAGAACAGAGUGUUACAGCAACUGCAGCCUGGAGACCUCCGACUACAACAAUUACAUCAUCAACAACAGCAGCAGCAGCAGCACAACAUGCACCACCAUCAACAACAAAUCACCGCACAUCAGCUACAUUACAUGCAACAGUAUCAGCAGGCCAUGCAGCAGCAGCAGCAGCAUCAGCAUAUGCUUCAGCAGCAGCAGAUGAUGAUGCAGCAGCAGCCCAUAUAUCAAACCCAGCAGCAACAGCAGGCUCACUACGCCGCUCUGAUGCAGCAGUACCAGCAGGCCUUUUCCCAGCAUCAGUGUGCACAAGUUCAGCAGGGUCACUAUAUCUCCCCUCUGGAGUUCCAAGGCCCAAUGGGCUCCUACACCCCUGUCGGACCUUCCCCAGUAGAAACUCCGUUUGCUAACAUCAGAAACCCAGUGUCUACCGCUGAGGUCCUGAGUCCACCACCCCAGACUGUCAGCAACCCUCCUGAUAUGUCUGGCUGGAACCCAUUUGGAGAAGACAACUUCUCUAAACUUACAGAGGAGGAGCUAAUCGAUCGAGAGUUUGACCUUCUCAGAGCAAAAAAGCCAGUAGAGAGAUCUGUCAGCAUGGAGUCCAGCAAUAUAGACAGACAGCAGCCGGUACUGCCGCCCUCACUGCAUGAGGAUCCUUUUGGCUCUGUGCCCUUCCUGGCCAACGCAGGAGCUGGUGUGCAAACAGCGGAGUGUCCAAUUGAGAAGACCAGUGUUGCUAUGGCUGGACCACCAGCUACACAAGACCUCACCCUGCCAUCUGUCAAGGAACCCAAACCUGCAAAAAAAAGUAGCUCCACUAGUGCACUGUCCCAGAAAGCAGGCGAGGAAUCUGACAGCGAUUUCGAGUCUGACCCGCCCUCUCCCAAAAGCAGUGAAGACGAGGAGGUGGAAGAGGAGGAAGGUCUUAACAGCGAACAUGAAGACACAGAGCCUGAAAACCUGGGUCAGAGGCCAUUACUCAUGGACUCUGAGGAAGAGAUAGAAGAAGAAGAGGACAAACCAAGCUCAGAUUCAGACUGUGACCGUAGCAAAGCCAAAACUAAGUCAAGAAGACUGCUGGACCAACCUGCUCCUACUGUGAAAGCUGAAUCUGGAACUAGCGUGAUCACUCUACCGGAUUGUCCAAGUGUCACCAUGUCUGCUGCAAGCCUCGUGGAUGUGUUUGGUGCCAUUCCUUUUGUUGGCAGCGGUCAUCCCCGAGUGUCACCAGAGAGCAUCGAUAUUUUUGCCAAAGCCCCUUUCAGGCAGGCGAGCCAGGAGAAUGCUGUGGGUGAGAUUGAUGUGUUCACCAAAGCUCCUUUCAACAGAAACCUCUCCAAGUCCAGCAAGAGCGGCGACGGCCCCAGUGGCCAGACAACACCCGUUUCCCCCGACACUGUGGAUGUAUUUGGCUUUUCGCCUUUCCAGCCCAGCCACGUUAUACCCACCUCCAAGAACCAGGAGGAUAUUUUUGGCCCAGCGUCUUUUGACGAAGCUAGCCCCCAGCAACAGAGACAGAACCAGCGCAGCCUUCAGAAACUCUCCUCGCGGCAAAGACGAACCAAGCAGGAGACAGGUGGCAACAAUGGGAAGCGCCACCACGGCACACCUACCAGUGGCAGAAAAAGCAACAAACCCAGCUUCCGUACCCCUGAACGGGCGCGAAGGCACAAGAAGGUGGGCAGAAGGGACUCGCAGAGCAGCAACGAGUUCCUCAGUGCCUCCGACUCCAAAGAGAACAUCAGUAUUUCCCUGGGAGAGGUGAUGGAGAAAGAAGCUGCGCUCCCCCCGGAGGAGGCCUUGUUGGACCCAUUUGACGACAAGCCUUUUCAUUCACAAGAUGGCAGCCGACACGGUCAGCACCAGAGCUUGGGAGACAACAAAAGUGAGAUGAAUUCAUCCAACGGCAGGCCAAGAACAAGCUCACUACAUGGUGUUUUUGAUGGAAAUAAGAUUGAUGACUUUGGCGCCGUACCUUUCACAGAAGUGGUGGUCCCGAGUGGAGCUCCACAAACCCCACAAAUGGAUCUCGACCCUUUUGGAGCAGCACCUUUCCCUUCAAAGCAGUGAAUGUCUUCCAGCACAUGUUCACACACACACUGCUACAUUAUGCAAAGUCCAAGCAGCCUUUUAAAUGUACUUAAUGGACCGCAGCUUUGUGCUGUGCAGCCAGUUGGGACAUAGGCCUUUAAAUUAUAUAACAUCCACCUUUUGUAGUUUUCUAAGUAUUUUAAUACCCAAUUGGACAGCUAUAACAAUGUUUUCUUUUGUGACUUAAACCUGUGGUGUAUGGAUGUUUUUGAAUAGGCUUUUCAAAGCAUAUCUGUUAGCCUUUGCUCACUAGAAAGCCUUCUAUGCUGCAUAAGCGCUCUUUGCUCAGUAAAAACAUAGAGCAUUGUGAUUAAGUUUGUACUCCAUCAUUGACCACUGAGUUGGUAAAGCUCCUUGCGUGGAUCUACCAACGUUAGUUAAACACCAUGAAGCCUUAUAUGGGUAAUGUCCCGCCCUGCUUUACAGUACCUCGAAUACAUAAUGGAUGUUGUAGCCCAUUUGUGUCGAGUGUAGGUCUUCUCCAUUUAAAAGUCAUUGACGUAGUGAUCAUUUUAUGCAUAUUUUUACAUUUUUAAGUGCAUUCAAUGUUUUCAGUUCUUUUUAUUAUAACGAUGUUCUUUUUAUACACAUACAUGAAAAGGGAUGCUCAUUUUCCUUUCCAAAAUUAAGAUCACACUAGAGAGGGGUCACCUUAUUGUUGGUUUGACGAUGCGUUUGAAUAUGAAAAAAAAUUGUUAUAACUCAAAUGGUUUGUAUCAUGUUCUUGUAGUAAUUAUUCCUUAACAGGCACAGGAAUAUUAUUAGUAAUGUCAGUAUCAAUAAUGAAGAUAACCUAGAAUUUAUACCCUUAGUUUAUAUAUAUAAAGGGAUAGAUCACUUCUGUAUUCAUUUACUAACUCUCCAGAUGUUUCAAACCUGCAUACAUUUCUUUAUCCUGCUGAACACACAGAUAUUUGGAAGAAUGUUUGUAACCAAACAUUUCUGGGUCACUAUUGACUAUCAUAGUAAAAAUAGCUGUAGUGAGAAAACUACUAUGGUAGUCAGUAGUAAAACUAUUUGGUUUUUCACAUUCCUCAGAAUAUAGUUUGUGUUAAACAGCACAAAGAAAUGUAUACAUGUUUGGAACAACAUGAGGGUCAACGACGACAGAUUUUUCAUUUUUGGCUGAAAUGUCCCUUUAAGGGGUGUCCAAAGUCAGUCCUGGAGGGCCGGUGUCCUGCAAAGUUUAGCUUCAACCCUAAUCAAACACACCUGAACAGCUAAUCAAGGUCUCACAAAGCAGACUAGAAACUUCCAAACAGGUGUGUUGAGCCAAGUUGGAGCUAAACUCUGCAGGACAGUGGCCCUCCAGGACCGACAUUGGACACCCCUAAGAUAAACGUUUAAAGACACUAAGGGUAUCACAUAAAAGGUGUCACAUCUGAAUAGGAAAGAUGAAAAGGGCCAUUUGGAAGAGACAUUAAGGCUAUGGCUUACAUGACAUUCAAGACCAAAAAUAGCUUUUCAUGUUUUUCUGUUCAAAGAGUAACGUUCCCUUUACAUUUAUUUAAUAUGUAGUACUGCACUCUCUAACAAUGCAAUAUGAUUUUUUUAUUUGGUGAUCAGUGGUCUAUUUUAUUUUUUAAUAAAUACA